GUGUUGCACGAGGGGUUGGGGCUUAGCCUAGGUAUAUUAGCUAGGUUCGCGGGUUUUUAAGUGAGUUCCGCAGGAGUUUGGCCAGGUAACCCGGACUCGCAGACCCACCUGUAUUAACAUGGCGCAACGUACGUCCGAGCAACAUGUUGGGGAUAUACACGACAAACCACCAAACCUUUCGACGUCAGUCCAGCCACCCGACGGUGGAUGGGGAUGGGUUAUGACUUUUUCCAGUUUCUUCAUCUGUAUGGUGGCUGAUGGUGUUAAUGGGAUAUCUGGAAUAUUUUACCUGGAAUUAUUAUCUGCGUUUGGUGGAAGCAAAGGAAAGACACAAACUAUAGGUUCUGUUAUGUAUGGAACACUUCAUAUAUUAGCACCUGUUAGUGGAGUCCUGAUGGAGAAAUACCGUCCUCGGAAAAUGGCAAUUUGCGGAGGAUUAAUCUCCAGUACCGGAUUAUUUCUCUCCACGUUCUCACCCAACCUGGACGUCAUGAUCCUGCUGUAUGGAUUCGUUGGGGGUUUUGGAAUGGCCUUACUCUAUCCCACUUCACUAGUCAUUGUUGGCAUAUACUUCGAAAAGCGGAGAGCUCUUGCUACUGGGAUAGCCGUGUCUGGUUCUGGAAUCGGUGCCCUUGUGUUCGCCCCAAUUAGUGAGAUACUUCUGGAGACGUAUGGCUGGCGCGGGACAAUAUGGUUACUGUCAGCUGUUGUUCUCAACACUGUGGUUUGUGGUUCAUUAUACAGACCUAUUGGUAGACAAGAAAGUACGGCAGUCAAGUCUGGAAUCAUGAAAAACAAAUGUUUGCUAGAUGUCUUUGAUUUUUCGUUGCUGACACACCCAGUUUUUUUACUGCAAAUUUUUUCAUGUUUCCUUUAUUUGACAGGAUAUAACAUUCCUUUUAGCUACCUGCCAGCACAGGGCAAGUUUGUUGAACUUUCAUCCAAGGAAAGUGCCCUUUUGAUUUCUAUCAUCGGGAUAUCAGGCACGAUAUCACGUAUUCUGAUUGGUUACAUAUCAGAUAAACGUUGUGUUAAUACCCUCGUCCUGAACAGUACAAUGUUGAUGAUUGGUGGAUUAGCGACCUGUUUCGUUCCAUAUUACACAACGUUUAUCGCCCUUUCUCUGUAUUCAGCAGUAUAUGGAGCCGUUGCUGCAUCCUUUGCCUCUCUGAUGACUAUCAACCUGGUAAAACUGAUGGGGUUACAAAACCUGUCCAGUACGCUUGGAAUACAGUUUUUGUUCAUGGGAGUAGGAUCAUUCAUCGGAUCUCCAAUAGCAGGUGUUUUGUCAGAAACGUCAAGUAGUUACAACAAUGCCUUUUAUUUCGGUGGAGUCGUCAUGGGAAUAGCAGGCCUAAUUGGUUUGCCACUAAGCUACCUAGGCUAAUCGGAAACAAAGCAGAGGUGUCGAAAUCAACGGAUUAACCAACAGAAGUUUUACCCUUGAACAUACCACAAAUAUUUUUCUGACGUCAAUGAAGCAAGUAUCGGACACAUCAGCGUAAACAAAACCCACUUGGUGUUAAAUAAUCGUGAGGCAGUGUCUAGGGAGGUUUUAGGAUAAUUCUUUUGAAUUAGUCACGCGUAUUUCAUGAUUUUUGUCCCGUAACUUGAUGGAAGUGUUUCAGAACUAGAUUUAAGUCUUUCAAAACUUGAUGGAAGUGUUUCAGAAUUGUUUGAAAGUGUUUCAAAAUUUGAUAUCGACGUUAGGCGAUUUUGCUGUGAAGACGAUAGCUGUUUUCAAAAACUAGUCAUUGUCAGAGUGGCACUGUUUUCUUAAAGAUACUUUCAACCAAAGACCAAAACCAUUCGCGAUAUACGUUUGAAACGUGCGAAAAAUAAACUGUAUGUCUGUACGAUUUUCACUUAUAAAGCACAAUAAUAAGUUAAUAUCUUUAGAAUGAUGUGGUCAAACAUUUCAGGAAAGAAUUGUACCGAAUGAAGGUUCUCGGUGAUAUCAGAAAUAUUAAAAAUUCAAAUAUAUCAUUUUAAAAAUUUGAAAUAAUUUAUUAAAAACUAUGACAAAGAAAUAUAAUAAUUAGAUUAUUCGAUAUAUUUAUUGCGUAAAAACAUAAUAUUUACUCACGCAAAUUAUGCUGAAAGAGUUAUCCAUCUAGAUAUAGAACGACUCGUUUCUGGACAUCUACAUCAGAAACCUUGUUAAACUUGACGACCUCAUGUCUAGUUUCAAUGAUCCUCGUAUUAAUGAGAAUUUUAUGGAAGGAAGCCAUCAUAAAAAAAUAUCAUUCAUAGCUAUCCAUCAAUGUUAAUGUCUAAAAAUGAGUCUUGUUCUAUAUCAAUAGGGAUCCCUGGUAUGAAUUGUACUAUUGGUAAGACUAGAUUUAUUAUACCAUACAGAGGCUGACACCUUUUGUAAAUCGAUAUUAUUUUCUUUGGAGGUGGUUAUAGUAUGUCUGUGUAUUGUUGAAGAAGCUUUUCGACUAAAUAUUCCGCAUGAUGUAGGCCCGGAUACAUUGACUGUGAAUCGAUGCUUGAAGACAAAAUCUUGUGACACUUUCGGCACUUUCUUUUGAAAACAAAACAUUUCCAUCUCGGAAUAUAUGUUUACCUCUCUUAUGCCGAAAGAAAUGUUGAGCUCGAGAAUAUUCUUAAGCACAUAAGCUGCACCUAUGUUUCAUUUCGGUCGAUGUUAAUCCUUCACCGCAUGAAGCAUAAAUGACAAGGAAAGGAAUAUCUUGGUGCUUUUUGUAUUAUCGGUAAAAUGUCUUCCGUGUCACUUUCUUUGAACCAGCUAUUGAACUGUUUAGGAUAACCAAGCAACUUGACGUAUACCUCCGAUAUUCAAUUUCUCUUGCGACGUUUCAACAUCUUUUCCACUUUGAAUAUACCCUCUCUACCUUUGCUGACCUUUUGUAGCUCGCUGUUGUGACAAGUCCCUUCUAUUGGAUCUCCGCCGUAGUCCACAAUUUUGUUAUACUUUGGCGAGGGUAGCUAGUCUUGAUGGUGAAAACUUCUUCUUUCAAAAUUGUUCGAAAUCCCGUUGAAAUAUUUUUCAUAUAAAGCAAUAUGAGGUCUUGCGUUAUAAUUCCGAACGAUGUCCUGCAAAACAUCUAGAUACCGAUACGUUCGUCUGUGAGUUACAUCGCGAUACAUCAGCGCUUUUAAUGUCUUGAUAAAUCUUUUAGCUUUAUUUGCGUGAGUGACAAAAGAUAUGUUCCAAUCCGUCAUUGAUAAACUGAUGUUGUUUAUUCUUCGAAGGAACUACCCGUAAAUGAAGCGGAAAUACCUCAAAAGCAACGAAUAAGUAUCGCAUUCUAUCGUUUUCUUUCACAAGGUUGGAUACAUCAGGAAGAUCCACGUUCCAUCGAAACCCCGAUAUAUUACUUUUCUAGUCUUAAACGUGUACCGUCACGGGCGCUGUAAGCUGUUGGCAUUGCAAUCUUGAAGAAACCGGCGAAGGGCGUGAAUGCUGACCUUUAAUUUUUUUUCUCGGGACCUGUGUAUUUGAUAGGGUUGUUCAGAUAAAAGUCGAUAUCAUCUAAGUGUUCUUUCCAACCCAUAUUCAUCUUUUAGUACGGUCUCCCAAACACGGAGACUCUUGGUAAAUAUUCUUGUUGUCAGAUAGAUUUGUUCUCAGAUAAACACCCAAGUAUGUAAAUGUAACUAAAUCGUAUUUGUCUCAUUUUGAUGACUUAAACCAUACUUUUAAAUUCUUAAAGUAUUUAGAGUUAAGCAAAUGAGCAUAUAUAGUGUAGACAUGUAUAUAUUAAAACCUAACAACAACACACUACAAGACAAUUUGACAGUUUAAAAAAACUAAAUACAGUGUUUACACGGCAGACUACUGAAUAUUACUACCACGAAACAUUAAAAUAUAUAUAUUCAUAGUAUUGAAAAUGAAUAUUUUAAAUGAAUAGAGUGUUCCAAUGGUCAGUUAAGCUUUUCAACCGAUUUUGAAUAAAUCUAUAAUUUUCCUCGUAUAUGUCCUAGUUUGAUCGAUUUUGAGGAUUAAUUUAGGUGAAGGUUACACAUACAAUUCAAUCAUUUAUUGAAAUCGUUUAUGAACAACCAACUUAUAUUCAUUAUUUAAAGAAAAAAGAGAUAGAUAGAUAUAGAACAUAUUCCUAGGAAAGAACUCCGUACUGGUUAUCGGUAGAACAUCGGUCGAUUACCAAAACCUCGUGUCACUACUGCAGAAAAACGAAAAAUUAUAAAUAAUAAUAAUCUACAUCCAUUUAUUAUCCAAAAUCCUUUAAGAGACUUGAUGAACAUAUCUCAGUAUUUCAACAGCUUCGUUAUACUGCUGGUAUUUUGAUUUUUGUAUAUCGGCCAAACAAUGGUGAUCGUUCGAUCAUUUGGAUCCGAAAUUCAUAUUUAUAUAAUUUCUGAGUUUAUCAACUUAUAUACGGAAUCAAUCUAAUAAGGAAGGGAAAUAUUUAAAUCAUUGAAUUAUAUAUGUUAUGAUACCAAAUUUAAUGGAAACAGUGUAAUGUACAUUACUCCAAAUUGAAUAAGAAAGUGUCGAUUGCUAAAUAUAUUAGUAGUAGUAUUAAUAAAUCAAAACUACAAAGUGCCCUUUGGAUCCCCCGAGUAGCAUAUAUUUAUAUUCACCACAGAAUGAUUCUCAAAAGAGUACCGGAUGUUGGAGUGGAGAUAGGAUUUGUUUGUUUGUUUUUGUUAAACGUCCUAUUAACAGCCAGGGUCAUUUAAGGACGUGCCAGGUUUUGGAGGUGGAGGACAGCCAGAGUACCCGGA